AUGACCAGGAACCUGGUUGUAACAUUAUUGUCACCUGUAAUUGUUUCUUUCUUUGACCCUGAGACGGGCCAGUAUAAUAAGCGUGCCAACAGUGCCAUGAAUUACCACCUUCCUCCAACAGCUCUCAUGUCAUCCAAUACGCCCUCUACCCGCGCUUUUCUUCACGAUCUGAUAUCCAAAUAUGAUUGGAUAUCGACGUUUGAUCAUUCUCCCGAGUUCAUAACGUUCAUGCAGACCAACGCUGUACCAAAAACCUUUCCAAGCAGCCCAACCGAGAUCGAUCUACUCCGAAAUGCGGUUGCGUCUCUAGAGACGCAUAUGUCGCGGCUCAAAACAAUUAGACGCGAUUACCGGUCUGCGUUAUCCCUCAUUCGUGGUUUCCCUAGCGAGAUCCUUGUCGGGAUUUUGCGCUGGACACCAAAAGAAUUUACAAAGCCCAGAUCCAGGGAACCUUUCCACGUCCGUGGAUUUGACGUGUUCAGGAUCAUGGACAGACCAUGGUAUCUCGGUCAGGUUUGCAGCUCCUGGAGAGAUGCGGUCGAGUCGCUAUGCCCUGAGAACUGGGCAACUCUCAAGAUCGACAUGCUAGGUAAACAAAUUAAAAAAGAUGCUGGACAUACUGUGUCAGUCCCAUUCCCGAAGAAGAACAUGGUGGCUCUUCUUGAGUGUGCCCUGGAGCGAAGCCUAGAACGUCGCAUUGACUUCUUCUUCAGACAUUGGCGGUUUGACGAGAGCUUGAGAGAAGAAUUCGACUAG